GUCCGCACGCUUUGUGACACCAAGCAGAAGCUGCUGACCUCAGCAGAGCAUCACAACCACCACCACCACCACCACAACGGCCCGGCCGCACCCAGCGCCCGGGCGCGUGCCGGCGCUGCCGGGCGGCGGCCGUCCGACGCUGGCGGCGGCGCGAGCAAUCAUGACCGGCGUGCCGGGGGCGGUGGCGGGCAGGAGGGGGGUGCGGAUGAGGAGGGAGAUGACAUGGAUGAGGAGCAGGAGGAGGAGAGCCGCGUUGGCGAGGGCACCGCGCUGCCCGGGGUGACGUCAUCGGAGCGGGUGGAAGGCGGGGAGGUGGCCGGGCUUCUCGAGGCGGUGCUGGCAGGCAGGAGGGGCGGCGGCGGCGGCCAAGGCGGCGGCGGCGGCAGCACGGGGCGCUGA